UCUAGUAAACAGAGCUAUUACUGAAUACAAUGUGUGUUUCCAUGAUUUCGAGACUUUCUUUUUUUGUUCCAGGUUGCUAUUCCUAAAACCGAGGCGUAAUCAUGAAAUUUCUUAUCUUAAGUGCCAUGCUCCUAGCUGCAGCAUACGCAGCACCAAAGAGAGCAAAGCGUGAGGCAUAUGCCCUCCCUGAUGGUGCAGAUAUUUUGGUAGGCCCAAUUAAAACAACAUUCUAUUGCUCCAACGAUGGCUAUUACGCCGAUGUAGACAACAACUGCCAAGUCUUCCACGUCUGCCACACCGUCGAGAGAGAUGAUGGUUCAAGGGACAUUCAGCAAUGGUCCUUCCUUUGCGGCAACCAAACCCUCUUCAACCAGCUCACAUUAACUUGCGCUGAUCCUGAAGAUGCCGUGCCCUGUCCAGAUGCUCCAAGCUUCUAUAACAUCAACGAUAGGAUUAACGCUGGAGAUCCCAAACUCUACUUCUUGCACGAAGAAGAUAUUCAAAGAGCAGCACCUUUGUUGUACAGGAACAGAGGGGGUGACGUCAGUUCAAUUGGCCGACCAGCCCUAAGAGGUUAAGGAUAUUACGGUACUCCAUCGGAAAUAACAGUAAUAAACGGACGGACUGUACUUUUGCCUUGAGUGAUGAGAAGAAUAAUUAAAUAGUGAAAAGUAAAACUAUCCGGUAUGGAUUAAGAACACAUGGUGAAUACUUCUGCAGCUACUCUAGGGGACUCAUUGGAUAUAUUUAAUUCUUUCGUUUACUUGGAACAUUGGAUCUUAGAUGAAAUUCAUCGCUUCCAAAAUUCUGGCUGCUGUUUCUAGGCUUAGGUUUGUGUUUCGUGUGCUUUUUGGUUGGCUUACUUAUCUUAGGUACAUCUUCCUAAUUUUACUUGCAGUUUUCGUUAGGGACAGGACUAAUGCAUAUUCUGCUGCGUUUCAUUACUAAUUUAUUAUGUUUCUAGAACUCUUUGUGAUGGUAUCUAACACUUUCUUCAGUUGUGUUACUUUUCUGUCAGUUGUUUUCUUCAUGCCAAUUCUUCAAAGCUCACACUCUGAUUUGUGACUUGCGGCAUUCUGGGGAUUCUUGCUUAUUCACGAAAGAAACAGAUUUUGGACUUAAAUUAUGACAGCUUUACGAAGUUUUUUUUUCACGACAUGCGUUUUUCUCGUCACUUACUGAAAUGAAUUUGAGAAAAUCACAUUACUGCUGUUACGUGCUGUAAAUGUUGGGUGCUAUAUGUGUUGUAGGAGGUGUGGGUGCUAUAGCAAGACUGUUUAGAUUGUUACAUUUGUAAAUUAGUACCUGUGAUACCUGAAUAUUCUUGUCAGAGCUUCCACCCUGUGUUAUAUUAUAUAAAUAAAACCAAUUUUGCAAUUUA